GCUUAGAACUCUGGCUUCAGCCCCGCCUUCUCAUUAGCAUACAGGUGGCCAUUGGAGCGGCUGCAGAUCAGAGUUCUAGCCUCGCCCACUAUUUGCAUACACUUGGGAAGCAGCAGCUCAGUCUCAGAUCAGAGCUGUGUUUUUGGACUUGCCAAGCGUCUAGACGCGGGUUUUAUUUAUUUAUUGCUGUUGGACGAGCAUAAGAGUCCGGCGUUAUGGCUUGAGGCCAGUUUUAAAGACGUUUGAGGAUGAACAGAUCAUUAAGUUUACGAUUAUCUCGCAGACAUGGGAAUAAUCUCUACAGCUAUGCGGUGGACACCGGGACGAUCCCCGCCAAGACGAAGAAGGGGAGGACGAAAAGCAGGCUGGGGAGCAGGAAGAUGCAAAGUUUGGAGGAGAAUCAGCUGGAGGUUCAGCAGCAGCAGCAGCAGCUGCAGGCCAAGAGCCUGAGCCGGCCGGUCCAGCCCAGGUCUCACACUCUUGAUAUUGACAGACCUCUGGAGAGAACCGAAAGCCUCAACUCAAGAAGUAGUUUUAUGAAGCACAACAAAACAUUCCACAAACUCUUCCCAGAAAUCCCAGAGACCGAAGACCUGCUGCACGCAUAUGUGUGUGCGCUGCAGAAGGAAGUGCCUUAUCACGGCCGUCUGUACAUCAGUGACAGCAGCCUGUGCUUCUUCUCCUCUGUGCUGCUCAAAGACACAAAGGUGAUCAUUCCCGUCACCAACGUGAACAUCCUGAAGAAGCAGAACACGGCGCUGCUCGUGCCAAACGCCAUCUCUGUCCGAACCACAGACGGAGAGAAGUAUUUAUUCGUGUCUCUGCGUAACAGAGAAGGCUGCUAUAAGCUGCUGCGCUCUGUUUGUCCUCAGCUGGAGGAUGGAAGUGCCAACAGCAGUCCCCUCUUCUCAUCGGCCGAGAACAGCUUCGAUCAGACCAAACUGGUGCAGAACUCCAGUCAGUCCAGUCUGGACGACACGUUCGAGGUGGACGGAGGACACGUGACUCCUCAGAUCGAACUCUCUGCGUCUCGACUCACUCGAGAAAACAACGCGUCGACGGCUCACGGAUCGCCGCCGACUCAAGACGAGAGCUCUUCUGAGGAAUACACCGGAAGUUCCUGGGUUUGGAACGUGACGGAUAGAGCGCGAUCGCUCAUUAUCCAGAGAGAAGUCAGCAACCUCAACACACUCCUGCUCAUCUACCUGAUCCUGGUGUUUCUGCUCUUGUUGUCGUCUGGCUAUAUCGGCCUGCGUAUCGUGGCCUUAGAAGAGCAGCUGACGUCUCUUGGAGCCCUGCCCGAAUUCACCUUACAAAGCGGGUACAAAGAAACGUAAGAGAUCUCAACCAUCUGAACUUCAGAAAGAACCACCAAAAAAUGUUUUUGAAGAUCCACUAGCCGCCGCAGGGAAUGCUGGGAAGGACCUUUAUUUUGCACACGCACCAGCUACCGAACUCUGUGCGUCUUUGCCAAGGACACCACCGAAGGGCGUGCGUUUACGGGACGCUGGUGUUGACAAAACGCGGGCAUGUCUUCGCUCGCAGCCGUCCGGUUUGUGUUAGCACGGUAGCGCUGCAGCGGCUCGCCCAGAAACAACCAAAGACAACCGGUUUGUCUCAGAGGACUGUCAAAGACAACAAAAACAAACUACUUCUGUGGAAAAGCAUUUCAUCAGAUAUUACUCAUUGCAGCGCCUUCGUUUUGUCACUUUUACGUCUAUCGAAAAAUGUUUGUGAAUAACUCUUUUGUUUUUUUGUUUUUCUCUUUGUAAGUUUCUUGUUUUUGAUGACGUUGUCUCUUUCUUCAGUCUUUUGGUUUCAUUCUACCUGUAAAGUUUUUUCGUACAAGGCUUUUCGAUAUCACUGCUUUCGGUUUAACGAUAAAAAACGAAGAGCUAAGCUAGCUAGCCAAUGAUUACUCAUCGCGGCGCCGUUGUUGGACCGCAACAAAAAAUUUUCACGACAAAAAAAAAAAAAUGUCGCGAAUAACCGUCAUGCUUUUGGUUUAACGAUAAAGAGCUAAACGAGCCAAGCUAGCUAACGUUGCAGCACCUUUCUUUGACAAUUUAUACAACCAUCAAAAAAAAUCCAGAAUAACUGUCAUAUAACGGGUUAUUACUGGUUUUGCUAUAACGAUAAAAACAGCUAGGCUAGCUAAUGAGCUCUUAUGCAUUGCAGCACCUUCAUUUGACCACUUUUACGACCAUCAAAAACAAAAAAGUCGUGAAAAACUGUCACACGAAAGGUUAUGACAUUGCUGCUUUCGGAUUAGCGAUAAAGAGCUAAGCGAGCUAAGCUAGCCAACCACUGCAGCACCUUUCUUUGACAGUUUUACGACCAUCAAAAUAAUCUCCAAAAUAACUGUCGUAUAAAGGGUUGUGACAUUACUGGUUUCGUUUUAACGAUUUAAAAAAGAGCUAAGCUAGCUAACUAACGACUGCUAUUGCAGCGCCUUUGUUGAACCACUUUUACGACCAUCAAAAAAUGUUGCGAAUAACUAUGUCAUAUAACAGGUUGCAAUAUUACCGUUUUUGAUUUUUAACGAUAAAAACAGCUAGGCUAGCUAGUGAGCUCUUAUGCAUUGCAGCACCUUCAUUUGACCACUUUUACGACCAUCAAAAACAAAAAAGUUGUGAAAAACUAACAUAAGGGGUUGCGAUAAUACUGCUUUCGGUUUAACGAUAAAAAGAGCUAAGCUAGCCAAUCAUUGCAGCACCUUACUUUGACCACUUUUACGUAAAAAAAAAAAAUUCAAAAAAACUUGCAAAAUGACUCUUUUUGGUUUAUUGCUAAAAGCAGCUAAGCUAGCUAGCCCGCUCUUAUUUAACUAUUUUUACGACCAUCAAAACAAAUGUCGUUAAUAACGUUGUCGGAAAAGGGUUUGCUAUAUUGGUUUCGGAUUAACGUUAAAAAAAAGAGCUAUGCUAGCUAACCAACUCUUACUCAUUGCAGCGCUUCCGUUUGACCACUUUUACGACCAUCAAAAAAUAUCGCAAUAACUGCCAUAAAAGGGUAAAAACAGUUAAACUAGCUAGCCGGCUCUUAUGCGUUGCAUCGCCUUUGUUUUGAUGGUCGUAAAAGUAGUCGAACAAAUAUCGUAAACAUAACGUUGUUGCGAUAUUGGCUUGUUUAACGAUAAAAAAAACUGGCUAGCCAGCUCUUAUUUUACUAUUUUUACGACCAUAACAACAAAUGUCGUUAAUGACGCCGAAAAAGGGGUUGCUAUAUUGGUCAACUCUUACUCGUUUUAUUGUUCGUCAAAGUAGUCAAAUGUCGUAAACGUAACGUUUAUAUAUAAUAUGUUGCUAUAUUGGUUUCAGUUUAACGAUAAAAAGAGCUAAGCUAGCUAGCCAACUCUUACUCCUUGACCAUCAAAAAAACUAUCGCGAAUAACGAUGUUGUAUAAAGGGGUGCGAUGUUACUGCAUUCGGUUUAAUGAUAGAGCUAUGUACUUUUGUAACAGUCAGAUUUUUUUCCGGAAUAACUAGUUUCGGUUUAACGAUAAAAACCGCUAAGCUCGCUAGCCAGCUCUUACUCAUUGCAGCGCUUUGUUUUACGACCAUCGAAUAACUUUCGUCAGUUUCUUUCCUUUCCUAGUUUAUUUUUGAUGGCUAGUUUUGUCUAGUCUUUCGGUUUAAUUCUUCCUCAGUUUUUUCAUAUACGGGGUUGUGAUAUUUCUUGUUUCAUUUUAACACUAAAAAAGAGGUUCGCUAGCUAGCCAACCCUUACUCAUUGCAGCGCCUUUGACCACUUUUACGACUAUUUAAAAAAAAAAAAAAGUUGCGAAUAACAAA